AUGGCAACCCUAGUUGCAGCUUCUCGAAGGCGUCUCUGGUAUCUGGCGGCUGUGGCGGCUUUGGUCCCGCCUUGCUCUGCGGUUCUCAGAUACCCAGACGGCGCUUUCGAGUCCAGAUACCCGCUUCACAUCGACGAAUGUGCAUUACCUGGGAAGGGGCUGAGUUUCCAGAGCUUGGCGUGCUUGGGGCGAUUGCGACAGCAUUUGCUCGAGGACGCUGACUGCAACCGUGUCAUUUGUGACAACAUUGACUCCUCGACACCGGUGGAGGUCUAUGCGAACGAGACAGAUUGGGCUCCCUUCAAGAAUUUAUGUGGGCACUUGCAGGAGUUGUUUCUUGCAGUUUUCGACCUGGGAGUCAAGCUUGUCGGAGAGGUGCCGACACACGAGGAUGUAAACGAGCUCUUUGUGCUGUCCAAGGUGUUCAAAAGUUCGCAAGGAGUUUCUCCACCAGAUUUGCAUCAGGCUCCUGUCUAUGCAAACACAACGAGAGCCGUUCUGCGACGGCAUGCUCAACAAGUGCUAGAUAUCCUCGGCGAGGUCCAGAGCGAAACUUUGAGUGCAGAGCGCUUGCUGGAAGCUGCGGCAGCUUUGGCCCGCAGGCUACAGCUUCUGAUUGAGAAUGUCUCCGUUACUCUGCUGUUGAAUUUUCACCUAGCCCAGCUUGAUCACAAUGGACGAGUUGCAGGGCGAAAUCUCGUUCAUGAGCUUUACGGCGAUGUUGAUUCCAUUCGAGUUGUGUUUCACGAAAUUCCGGGAAAGCGCUGGGACGCACUCACCCACCUGCUUGAUGUACUGGGAGUCUCCAAGCAACCCGUUGUUAUGGCAGAAGUUGGUGUGGAGGCUGCGAACACCAGCCAGCGACUGUUGGAGCGCAAUCCGCUGUUGUCCUACAUUGGCGUAGAUCCAUACAUCAACAACGAUGAACUCUUCCAUGACGUGAUCGAUCGCUUGUCGCUGUUCCAAGAUUCAGGUCGGUUCGUACUUUAUCGCAGUACCUCCAUGAAUGCAUCCUUAGAUGUUGCUGAUGGAUCCUUGGACAUGGUUUUCCUCGAUGCCCGUCAUGAUUUUCAGGCCGUAGUCGACGAUGUGGCAGCAUGGAAGCCAAAGGUUCGUGUCGGCGGCAUCUUGUCAGGUCACGACUUCAGCUGGAUGUUUCCAACCGUGGCAAUGGCAGUGUACAAAGAGACCUUCGAUUCGCCAGAGCGUGUCGUGCAUCUCGCUCCCGACGGCGUUUGGCAGUCGCCUCAGCUCAUUUCAAGUCGGGUUUAUCAGAGGCGACUAGGGAGUCGUGCGGAGCUGGCAGGUGGUUACAUCUGUGAGACGGUCGAAGACCAGCGCCAUUGUCACAACAUGGGCAACACAGCGGUAGCUGUAGCAUCGAGCGAAACCACGGUGCGCUGGCAGGAAAACGUGGUGUUUUGCUCUUCCGGCAGAGUGGCUGUCGAUCAGACCCUCGUCCGUGAGGCUCGAAAUCACCAUACCUAUGGCUGGCGCAGGACCGCGGCACCACACAUGCUGAGAUGCGGCGUGCUGCGGUGUUUUGGAGUGUCCGAAACUUGCAAGGAGGGCCUUGACAGCUCUCCGUCAGACCGCAGGCUUCUGGAGUCUGAGCAGCAUGAGAGCUUUCCUGCCUCCCUUUGA